AUGGUCGAAUGGCAAUCCCAAGACGCGAUUGAGGCUGACUCAGUCGCCUUUAGCAGGUUCAUGCAUGCGCUUCUCGGCCUGUACCUCUGGGAGUUCUUCACCUCCGUCCCAUUCGACUGGGAGUACAUUUCAGGCAGACGCAAGUUCAGAUGGCCCAUGAUCUUUUUUUUCUUCAAUAGAUACUGCAUGCUGUUCGCACUCAUUGGCAUAGCGAUCGCGUUGGAUGCGACCACGGCGAUUAACUGCCAGGCGCUGUAUACCUACAACCAGGUAUUCGGGAAUGCAUCCAUUGGGCUUGCAAGCAUCAACCUUUCCCUGCGCACAAUGGCUGUAUGGUCGCAGGUCUGGUACAUCGUCAUCCCCCUCGUUGCGGUCAUUUUGGGACAUUGGUCACUCCUGCUGCAUGGAAUUCUGAUCAAGGCGGCAUGGAUUCCGGGCCAGGGCUGCGCGAUCACCGACACGGACAAUACACUCCUCGCCGCAACGUUCAUCUACUCGAUGGCCUUCGACUUCACCGUGCUUAUGCUGACCGCCUGGAAGCUUACCUUCAACAAAUCCAGCGGCGAAAAGCGGAGCAAGAUUGUUCAACUGAUCUUCGGUGACGGGUUGAUCUACUUCAUUGUUGCUUUCGUGGCGAACCUGCUCGCGACGAUCUUCAUGCUGUUAAACUUGAACGCGGUCAUGUCGAUCAUCGCGAACGUUCCUGCGGCGAUCGCGUCUUCCAUCGUGGCAUGCCGCGUCGUGCGCCGGCUCGCAAAUCACACA